GGCAGCAGACCGUUGGGAGCUGACUGGAUAGGUAGGGUCGGUGUCUGGUUCCCGGCUGAGACUGCGCGGAGCCGGGCCGGCGGGACUGCAGAAUGGGCUGAGGCUGAGGCGGCGGCGGCUGUCCGGACGAGGUCGACUGAGGGGCAAAGGGCGCGGCACUGGUCCAGGACCCUAAGACGCCUGGUUUGAGGAGCGGGUGGGACCGAGGUUUUCUUGGGCCCCAAGGCCUGACCUGUUGGCGACUGCAGCUUUGCGGGAACCUCAUAUUUGACGCGGGCAUGACUGGACGUGUGGGGACCCCACUCAUAAUGAAUAGAAGAAGCUGGGCUUGAAAAUGGAGAUGUAUGAAACCCUUGGAAAAGUGGGAGAGGGAAGUUAUGGAACAGUCAUGAAAUGUAAACAUAAGGAUACUGGGCAGAUAGUGGCCAUUAAGGUAUUUUAUGAGAAACCAGAAAAGUCUGUCAACAAAAUUGCAACGAGAGAAAUAAAGUUGCUAAAGCAAUUUCGUCAUGAAAACCUGGUCAAUCUGAUUGAAGUUUUUAGACAGAAAAAGAAAAUUCAUUUGGUGUUUGAAUUUAUUGACCACACAGUAUUAGAUGAGUUACAACAUUAUUGUCAUGGACUAGAGAGUAAACGACUUAGAAAAUACCUCUUCCAGAUUCUUCGAGCAAUUGAAUAUCUUCACAAUAAUAAUAUCAUUCAUCGAGAUAUAAAACCUGAGAAUAUUUUAGUAUCCCAGUCAGGAAUUACUAAACUCUGUGAUUUUGGUUUUGCACGAACGCUAGCAGCUCCUGGAGACAUUUAUACGGACUAUGUGGCCACACGCUGGUAUAGAGCUCCAGAAUUAGUAUUAAAAGAUACAUCUUAUGGAAAACCUGUGGAUAUCUGGGCUUUGGGCUGUAUGAUCAUUGAGAUGGCCACUGGAAAUCCCUAUCUUCCUAGCAGCUCUGAUUUGGAUUUACUUCAUAAAAUUGUUUUAAAAGUAGGCAAUUUGACACCUCACUUGCAGAAUAUCUUUUCCAAGAAUCCCAUUUUUGCUGGGGUGGUCCUUCCUCAAGUUCAACACCCCAAAAAUGCAAGAAAAAAAUACCCAAAGCUAAAUGGAUUGUUGGCAGAUAUUGUUCAUGCUUGUUUACAAAUUGAUCCUGCUGAGCGGAUAUCAUCUACUGAUCUUUUGCAUCAUGAGUAUUUUACUAGAGAUGGAUUUAUUGAAAAAUUCAUACCGGAACUGAGAGCUAAAUUGCUACAAGAAGGAAAAGUCAAUUCAUUCAUAAAGCCAAAAGAGAAUUCUAAAGAAAAUGAAUUUAUGAAAGAUGAUAGAAAAACAGUUUAUACCAAUACACUGCUAAGUACUUCAGUUUUGGGAAAGGAAAUGGAAAAAAAGAAAAAGCCCAAGGAGAUCAAAGUCAGAGUUAUUAAAGUUAAAGGAGGAAAAGGAGAUAUCUUAGAACCAAAAAAGAUAGAGUGUGAAGGUGGACAUUUUCAACAGGAUGCAGUUGAAAUUGCUCAUACUGUGUCUCAAGAUAUAAAACCUGUAAUCAGUGGACCACCAAACCCUGUCAAUCCCAGCACUAACUCUAUGGGCAUGAAAGACGAUCCACAUACUGGAAGUAGUAUGGUGAUGCCACCUAUCAAUCUAAGUAGCAGGAAUUUGAUGGCUUCAAAUCUCUUCCACUACAAUUCAAGGUUAACUGAAAGAGCAAAAAAGAGACGUACUUCUUCACAAUCUAUUGGACAAGUUAUAUUUAAUAGGCAUGAGGAUACAGGUCCCACUCAAAGCCAAAUGGAGAAGGGUGUGUUUAAUGAGCGAACAGGUCAAAGUGACCAAAUGGCAAAUGGAAACAAAAGGAAGCUGAAUUUUUCCAGAACUAACAGGAAAGAAUUCCAUUUCCCAGAAUUGCCUUUCACAAUACAGUCAAAGGGGAUGAAAGGAAUGGAAGUUAAACAGAUAAAAGUGAUGAAGAGGAAAUCAAAGAAAACAGAUUCAUCUAAAAUACCAACUAAUGCAGAUCAAUAUCAAGAAAAACAAGAGGCUAAAGAAAUUCUGACAAAAGAAUCCAAUGUGCAAGAAGUUCGAUGUCCAGUCACUGUCUGCGGAGAUGUGCAUGGGCAAUUUCAUGAUCUCAUGGAACUGUUUAGAAUUGGUGGCAAAUCACCAGAUACAAAUUACUUGUUUAUGGGAGAUUAUGUUGACAGAGGAUAUUACUCAGUUGAAACAGUUACUCUGCUUGUAGCUCUUAAGGUAAUUUCAAUUUUAUGUUUGAGCAUUUUGAACUGGGUAUGGCAGUCCUCUUGAAUGUCCUUUUUUACCCAGUGAUUUGUGGUUUUCUCCAUCUGCGUGUUAGCUUUUAGAAUAAAUCCCCACAUUUAGGAAUUUAGAUAUUCAGGUUUGGGACUUAAUAAAUCAUAGGUCUAUCUUCAUUCUGAAUGAGGGAAUGGUACAGAAUAAAAACAAGAAGGUUAUUUUCUAAGGAAGAAAAUGCCUCAUGAUUUAAAAAUGCUAGAAGGCUGAUUAAAUAGAAAUUUUAGUUCAGUAAUUUGGGAUAUGAGAGGUAAUAUAAUUACCUUUCUAGGUAUUUUUGAAGUAUUUUAAAGGAGCAAAAUAUUUCAAAUAUUG